UCCUCCUUUUUUCCUUUAAGUUUUCAUUAAGAACUCGUCUUCCUCCCUUUCCCAGCCCCCGGGAGAGAGAGAAGAAGAAGCAGCGGAGGAAGCCUUUUUCCAACUCGCCAAAAACUUGGCGGAGUUUCCGCAAACAGUUCGAUCAGACAAGAUCCGUCCUGUAGUAUCUGUGGGACGUCAGCAGAUGCACUGACCCCAAAUGUUCAGAAUCAAAAGACUGCUUUCAGGACUCAGGAAGUUGGCAUAACACUUGGAGCCCUUACAAAAGGAAGAUGGCGCCAACCCUGCAGCAGGCCUACCAGCGUCGCUGGUGGAUGGCCUGCACUGCAGUGGUGGAAAAUCUCUUCUUCUCAGCAGUUCUGCUGGGCUGGGGCUCCUUGCUCAUCAUGCUCAAACAUGAAGGCUUCUACUCCCAUGUGUGCACAGGUGAAAAUAGUACUAAUAGCUCUGGUGUGGUCAAUACGUCUCACCCCUGGCCCAGCUGUGUGGAACAGGAGGAAAUGCUCAACCUGGGCUUCACCAUCGGCUCCUUCUUACUGAGUGCUGCCACCUUGCCUCUUGGGAUAUUUAUGGACCGGCUUGGCCCAAGGCCACUCCGCCUGAUCGGAAGUGCAAGUUUUGCCAUUUCCUGUGCUUUCAUGGCCCUGGCUGCAUACAACCCACCAGUCCUUUCCCCGUUGAUUUUUCUUGGCCUUUCCUUGAACGGCUUUGGUGGGAUCUGCCUGACCUUCACCUCCCUCACGCUGCCCAACAUGUUUGGAAAUCUACGUUCUACCUUCAUGGCACUCAUGAUCGGCUCAUAUGCUUCUUCUGCUGUUACAUUUCCUGGUGUCAAGCUGAUCUAUGACAGUGGUGUUUCCUUCAUCAUCAUCAUGCUCGUCUGGGCAGGUCUGGCUUGCCUCAUCUUCCUCAACUGCUUGAUCAACUGGCCCCAUGAGUCCUUCCCAGCUCCUGAGGAAACCAGCUAUGUGAAGAAGAUCAAGUUGAGCAGCCUAGCUCUGGAUCACAAGGUAACGGGCGACCGCUUCUAUGUCCACGUGACGGCUGUGGGGCAGCGGCUGAGCCAGCGAGUGCCACAUUCGGAAGAAACCAAGGAGGAGCUGUAUCCAUCUAUGCAGGACCUUUGCCAGGGGCCCUCUAAAUCAUCUGAGCGCUCCAUUCCCUUUCGACGCAGCGUCUGCUCUCCCAUCUUUCUGUGGAGUCUCCUCACUAUGGGCAUGACCCAGUUGCGGAUCAUCUUCUACAUGGCAGCCAUGAACAAGAUGCUGGAGUUCCAGGUGACGGGCGGCAAAGACCCUGUACCAGAAGAGCUGCAAAAUAAAGCUGAGGAGACAGUCAGCUUCUACUCCUCCAUCUUUGGCGUCAUGCAGUUAUUGUGCCUUCUCACCUGCCCCUUUAUUGGUUAUGUGAUGGAUUGGCGCAUCAAAGAUUGCGUGGAUGGGCCAGGCAAUAUGGACCAUGCUGGACCUGCCGGGACUGAAGUGAAAGGAAAGCUACCUAAAGUUCGCAACCGUAAGAUACAGAAGCUGACCAAUGCUAUCCGUGCCUUUGUCAUCACCAAUCUGAUGUUGGUGGGGUUUGGUAUCACUUGCCUGAUCAACAACCUCCAUCUUCAGUAUGUGACCUUCAUCCUUCAUACCAUGGUGCGUGGCUUUUUCCAUUCAGCCUGUGGAGGCCUUUAUGCUGCUGUGUAUCCAUCCAACCAUUUUGGAACAUUGACCGGCCUGCAGUCAUUGAUCAGUGCGGUAUUUGCUCUCCUCCAGCAGCCACUUUUCAUGGCAAUGGUGGGGCCAAUGAAUGGUGAUCCUUUUUGGGUGAACCUUGCCCUCCUCAUCUUAUCUUUUGUGGGCUUUCUGCUCCCCUGCUACCUCUUCUACUUCCGCCGAAAGCUUCGCCAGGAACAAGCAGCGAAAGACAGGACCUCUGAUCAGCCCAAUGGUGCCCAUGUGAAACUCCAGGACAGUGCAGCUACCAAUGGCUUAUUAAACAAUGAUGCAACCACUAUAUAAAUCAGGAGUAGGAAAGGUGGGGGAACUUGUAGGUGGCAGAGAACAGAAUGUGGAGUUGGAGAGACUGGCAGAUGGAAUGAGACACUAUUAGCAAAGAGAGGGAAAAAUACUGUGAGGAUUUUUAUAUUUGGGAACUAUGAAAAUAACUGAGGUGCUUUUAAUUCUGCAUAUCUAUAUUUAUAUUGUCUAUAUUUUAUAUAUAUGUAUGUGUGUAUGUAUAUAUAUAUAUAUAUAUAUAUAUCCAGAGAAAGAAAACUCUAUUUUUGGAGAGUAUUUUAAACAGCCCUAUGACUUUUAAAUAGGUUAUCUAGAUGUCAGUCAAUGAAUAUUGAAGACUUAGAAUAUUUUAUAAAAAGGUCUCAUUUUGUCCUGAUGUUAAUUGAUCCCAGAGAAUGGUUAUAUGUGGUUCAAAGCAUUUCACUUUUCCAUCCGCACCAUAGUCCCAGUGUUGUUAGGCUAUGGUGGGCAAAUUUGCCCUUAUCCGUUUCCUCCUCUUCCGUCCUUCUGCCCUCCUGAGUUGAAAACCAGGGGAUGAAUUAAACGCACACAGAUUGUAAGUCCAAA